AUUACUAAAAGAGAGAGGCUAAGAAGAGAGAUGUCGAGAGUUUUGUCAAUUGUUUGUGUCUUGCUCGUUAUGUCAUUCGUCCAUGCACGUGCUCGUCAAGUGCCGGGUGAGUUUGAUGAGGGCAAGAUGACGCCACAUGAGGAUACAAAAACAACGUCCAUGCAUGCACCGGAUAAGUCACCACCAACCAGUCUCGGUGACAAAAAAUGCAUUGGACUCAUUGGUGGUCUAGGCGGUAUUGGUAAAUAUGGUGGCAUAGGCGGUGCAGCUGGAAUCGGUGGCUUUCAUGGUAUAGGCGGCAUUGGUAAAUACGGUGGCAUAGGCGGUGCAGCUGGAAUCGGUGGCUUUCAUGGUAUAGGCGGCAUUGGAAAAUACGGUGGCAUAGGUGGCACAGCUGGAAUCGGUGGCUUUCAUGGUCUAGGCGGCAUUGGUAAAUACGGUGGCAUCGGCGGUGCAGCUGGAAUCAGCGGCUUUCACGGUCUAGGCGGUGUUGGCGGCCUUGGUGGAGCCGGAGGUGGUAUUGGUAAAGUAGGUGGUAUUGGCGGUAUAGGAGGAACUGGAGGUGGUUUAGGCGGUGUAGGCGGACUCGGUGGUGGAAUUGGUAAGGCAGGUGGCAUUGGUGGUGUCGGUGGUAUCAGCGGUGGACAUGGCGUGGUUGGUGGCUUUGGCGGUGGGAUCGUUCCACAUCCUUGAAAUUGAGCUUUAGUAGAGAGUCCAUGUCGAUUAGGGUUUAUAAGAUAAGAAUAAUUAAUUAGUAGUAGGAUGUUAUUGUUGGUCUUUUGGGGUGAUCACUAGGGUGAGUUUUGUUCCAUUUUCUAGUUUGGGGGUUUUGUAAACGUUUGGUUUCAUUUGAU